AUGAGUUUUACAUCAGACGAAGUCAAUUAUCUCAUCUAUCGAUAUUUAUCAGAAUCAGGAUUUGUUCAUUCAUCUUAUUUAUUUGGUCUUGAAAGUCACAUUGUUCAAACAUCAAUUAAUGCUAAUAUUGUACCACCAGGUGCCCUGUUAUCACUUAUACAAAAGGGUCUUUAUUACACUGAAGCAGAAUUAUCGAUUGGAGACGAUGGUCAGGAACGAACAUGCGAUAGUUUGAGUUUAAUCGAUGCUGUUGUACCUGAGAUUGUCGAAAAUCGUCGUAAAGAACUUCUGCAACAGCAGCAACAACAACAACAACAAUCUUCUUCCUCAUCAUCUGGAACAUCUAUAAAAACUGAAGCAAAAGUAUCUUCAAGAACUACAGCAUCAGCUGCAUCGAAUUUAUCAAAUACUAAUGAUAAAGAUCUUUCAUCAGUACAUCCACCAUCCAACACAUCACCACAAUCAACAAAUCAGAGUAUAUCUGAGCGUAAUAUAGAUACAUCAUCAACACCUAAUGGUGGAAUGAAUUAUGGACAUUCAAAUUCAUCAUCAACCAGUCAAUCACAUCAUUACCAUCCGUCAUCAUCAUCACAUCCUAACACACUUCACCCUUCAGCAGCAGGCAAUUAUAGUCAAAUGUCAAACGGAAAUGACAAUUCUUCACAUUCAUCGUAUCCUAACAAUACAAAUCAUAUAGCAGUUCCUAAACAUGAACCAAUGGAUUAUGAAACAAGUAAUAAUACUCAUCAUCCUCAUCAUCAUCCUCAUUAUGCACGAAAUCCAACGCCAAAUUCUCUAUCUGUUCAAACCGGUUCAUCAAAUAAUAAUAAUAAUAAUAAUAAUAAUAAUUUAAUUACCAAUGGUUCUAUUGAAAUUCCAAGUAAUCGAGUUACUGUUUUACGUGGUCAUGAAUCUGAAGUAUUUAUAUGUGCAUGGAAUCCAACACAUGAUUUAUUAGCAUCUGGUUCAGGUGAUUCAACAGCACGUAUAUGGAAUUUACAAGGUACACGUGAACCUGAAAUUGUUUUACGACAUUGUAUUAGACGUGGUGAUACUCAAGUACCAAGUAAUAAAGAUGUUACAAGUUUAGAUUGGAAUCCAUCUGGUACACAAUUAGCAACGGGUAGUUAUGAUGGUUAUGCACGUAUAUGGUCAUCUGAUGGAAAUUUAGUUAGUACACUUGGUCAACAUAAAGGACCAAUAUUUGCAUUAAAAUGGAAUAAAAAGGGUAAUUAUAUAUUAUCAGCUGGUGUUGAUCGUACAACAAUUAUAUGGGAUGCAAGUUCUGGCCAUUGUGAACAACAAUUUUCAUUUCAUACAGCACCAGCACUUGAUGUUGAUUGGCAAUCAGAUACAACAUUUGCAUCAUGUUCAACAGAUCAAAAAAUUCAUGUUUGUCGUUUGAAUGAAGCAAAACCUGUUAAAACAUUCCAUGGACAUCAAAAUGAAGUUAAUGCAAUUAAAUGGGAUCCUCUAGGACGUUUACUUGCAUCAUGUUCAGAUGAUAUGACAUUAAAGAUCUGGAGUAUGUCAAAAGAUACACCUGUUCAUAAUUUACAAGCACAUAAUAAAGAAAUUUAUACAAUUAAAUGGAGUCCAACUGGUCCAGGAACAAUGAAUCCAAAUGCAACUUUGCUCUUGGCAAGUGCAUCAUUUGAUUCAACUGUACGUUUAUGGGAUGUUGAACGUGGUGUUUGUCAGAGUACACUUGUAAAACAUUCAGAACCUGUUUAUUCAGUUUCAUUUAGUCCCGAUGGUCGUUUAUUAGCAACUGGUUCAUUUGAUAAAACAAUUUAUAUUUGGGAUAUUGCGCGAGCGGAAAUUGUUCAUAGUUAUCGAGGUACUGGUGGUAUUUUUGAAGUUUGUUGGAACAGUCGAGGUACUCGAGUCGGUGCAAGUGCUUCCGACGGAACAGUGUGCGUACUCGAUCUGCGUAAAUAA